AUGUCCAACCAAGCAGCCGUCCUCAAAGAGGCAAAAGCCAAUCUUACCAUCGAAGAGCGUCCAAUUCCCAAGCCCGGGCCGUCAGACGUUGUGGUUAAGAACCAUGCUCUCGCCACCAACCCCGUGGACUGGAAGAUGCAACAAUUCGGCCAUUUGAUUGAGAAAUACCCGGCUGUUCUUGGAAGUGACGUCUCGGGAGUAGUGGAUGCAGUGGGAUCGGACGUCAAACACUUCCAGAAAGGCGAUAGGGUCACGGGCUUUGCUGAUAUGCUAAUUUCGAAAGAUUCGCAGAACGGUGCAUUUCAGCAAUAUUCUCUGGUGAAAGACUGCGCCCUGGCCAAGAUUCCUGACUUCAUGAGCUUUGAAGAAGGAUCAAUUCUGCCUAUGAGCGUCGCAACAUCUGCCGUGGGCAUAUUCCUUUCCAUGGAAAUUCCUCGCCCGCCUGCCAAGCACCAGGGUGGCUUCCUAGUUUGGGGUGCCUCAUCUUCAGUCGGUACAGCUGCUGUGCAGAUCGCUGCUUCUCUUGGCUACACGGUCUACGGAGUAUGCAGUCCUCGCCACAGCGCCAUGGUCAAAAAGCUCGGCGCUCAUGAGACCUUCGACUACAACUCCUCCUCUGUCGUCAAAGACAUUACACAAUCCUUGAAAGCCUCAAACCAGCAGGCUGUCGUCGCAUAUGACGCCAUCGUUGAGCACGGGAGUGCACCCAAGUGUGCCGAAAUUCUCGAAGCAUUUGGCGGCGGAAAGCUUUGCCUUACACUUCCAUACCCUGAAGAUGCCAGGAAGCCAGCAGGGGUGGAAAUAUCGCAAACGUUUGCAGCAAAGAUAUGCAUUGACAAGGAAUUCGGGCACUGGCUGUUCAAUGAAUGGCUAGCGAAAUCUUUAGAGGAAAAGACGUUUGUGCCAAGUCCUGGGAUUGAAGCAAUUGAUGGCGGUAUUCAGUCCGUGCAGAAAGCGCUGGAUAUCCACGCGAAAGGCUUGAGUGGGAAGAAGCUGGUCAUCACGCUGUAG